AUGUGGCGCCUGAAGCCAAGCGAGAUCUUGCCCGACGAAAAUGCGAUUCGCGCCAUGAUCAAGCCUGAGGAGGUCAGUCUUCUGGAUGCCAUGCAGCUGGGAAUCAAGGAGCUCGAGGACGCCGGCUACGAUCCCCGAAAUGCCAACAUUGACGAUGACGUCAUGGACAUGGAUGCUGAAGAAGACGACGAGGAUGAGGGCGGAAGCAAGGCGCCCAAGGGCGCCAAGAAGCCUGGCGAAAAGCAGGAAGAGACACUUGCCGACAAGAUGGCACCUUGGAAAACUACAAAGGCCUUCAUCGACGCCUGUGCGCAAAAGGCCAUGCUCCAGCUGCACGGCGAGGGUGACCCGACUGGACACGGCCUCGGCUUCAGUUUCAUCCGAACGUCCAUGAAGGGAGGGUACAUUGAGGCUGUUCAGGGCCCGUUGGCCACGUCGGCCGACGCCAUGGAGCGUGAGAAGCGCGCUAACGGCGGCCACGCCUAUAACGUCAAGAAGCAACAAGCAAUGUACGAGGAGGGCAUCAAGGAGAUUUGGGAGAAGCAAAAGGCAACGCUGUCCGACGCCCGGGAGCACGACGACAAGGACGUGGCAGUCACGGAAGACGAGGAUGAUCGAUUCAACGUUCACGCCGCCGCGACGCCGGCGCAAUUCGACGACGGCACCAGCCAAAUUAGUGGCUUCACAUCGGCUAGUCGCCAUGUCAAGAAAGCCAUCCGCAUCACGAGAGAGGUCCGCCUGCAGGACGGGUCGACGCAGACGCGAACCGAGGUCGUCCACGAUCCCGUCGUCAUCUCGCAGUAUAUGAAGCGGCGAACCGAGGCAGACUUGGAACUUAAGGAGGCGCUUCACAAGUGGGCGUGCCUGGGUCACACGCAUCUCGGCCCCAAGAGACGACAAGUGCCGUCUCCAGGCGCUGUUGCCGACUACGUUGGGUUGGAGUUACGAGCACCUGCUUACGUCUACCUCUCCACAGCAUCUACAGCUCCCGGCCUACGGGCAAUGCCGACCAUGACCGCCUUGCGGGCAUUAGAAUCAAAAAAGUUCUGGAAGGAAUACGGAGUACCGCAGGAAUGA